AUGGCUAAUAGAAAAGAUGAGCAUCAUAUGUUGACACAAACAGUAAUAAAUACGAAGGUAGCACCAGAUGUACACAAUAUUUUACAAUCAUUGCCUAUGAAUUCAAGUGAGGAGAAGAAGAAUAAAUUUAUUAUGAUUGUAAUUAUUUAUAUUUACUUAGGUAGAGAUUCUAAACGUCAUCGAACAGUAUCUCAACCAGAAGGAACUACAUUGCAUACAGUUAGUAGUACUGAUACAUUAGAAAAGGUUGCACUUCAUUUUAAUUCAACACCAUCAGCAUUAGUUAAACUUAAUAAACUCAAUACACGUACCCUUUAUCCUGGACAAAUAUUAUUCGUACCUAAUGAAAGCUCAUCAAAUAAUUCAAAUCAACAACAAUCAACAAUUGUUAUUCCUUCUGUUCCUCCUGAUACAACAUCUUCAUCAUCACCAACACAAAAUAAAGAUGGUGAUGCAUUUGUUCUUCUUAAAGAUAAUCGUUCAUCAAGUGUAUCUUCUCCGUCAUCUCAUCAUCCAUUGCAAAAAGAUGUUGGUCCAAUGGUUUGGUCAAUGACUCGAAAUAUAACAGCACGUCCAGGUCAUGCCGAACGAUUAAAAAGUGAUCCAACUGUUGAAGAGGAAUCAUCAUCAAACAUAAAUGAAGAUCGUUUAAAAACAUCAAACGAAGAUAAUAGUAAACAAGUAAAAAUGUUACAAAGAUCUUUAUCAAUAGAUAAAAAUCACAGAGUAGAUGAUGAAUGUUUACAACGUUUUAUUAAAGUUAAUGUACGGUUAAUGACUGAAGAUCAUGAAAGCGUUGCCGGUACUUUACUUGUCACACCUAAUGCAGUUAUGUUUGAUCCCGACGUACUCGAUCCCUUGGUUAAAGAACAUGGCAUUGAGAAAUAUGGAUUGAUAAUACGAAUGGAUUAUCUUGCUGGCAUUAGUUUAUAUGAAGAUUUAGCAAUGUAUGAACAUGAAGCAACAUUCCAUGAUGAAGAAAAACGAAAAAUGUAUCAUUCAACAAGUGUAAAAAACUUUCAAUACUCUCUAACACAUCCAACAAUGGAUACUGAUGAAGAAGAAAUUCAUGAUUUAAUGUCAUGUUUACUAGAUAAAAUUGAUAAAGAAUUAAAUCCUUCGUCUAUAUCAAAUGAAACAUGUAUGUUAUUUAAUGCAGCAUCAACUAUUAAACGUCAAAUGUCAUUGAAUUCAUCGGAUAAUAAUUAUAAUGAUGAAACAUUUCUUCCAACAUCAACAAAUGAUAAUUUUUUAGAUGAUUCAUUACAAUUUUCAAAUGAUAUAUUGCAACCACUUGAUGAUUAUAAACAUUCAAUUGGAAUUUUACUUGAUGAUGACAAUGAUAAAAAUGUGAAUAUUAAUUUUCAUCGAAUACCAUCACAAGUUUCUUAUGUCUUCGAUUGGACACGAUUCAGACAUGCUGUAAAGAUAAAGAAGGGAUGUGUUUUGAAAAAUCAUGUAUCACUUGAUCAAUUUAAUAAACGUUUUGGUGAAAUCGACGAAUUAUUACGUAAACAACAAGAAAAUUAUUUUGCACCACAUCGUAUUGAGAUACCUUAUUAUUUAUGUAUAAAAACAAGUAUUCAUACACAUGAUAUACCAUCAUUACAUGCAAGACAAUAUAAAAAGCAUAGUGAAAAAUUUCAUGAUACUAUUUAUGGAAGAAAACACCUUAAAUAUGAAUAUUGGUUUUCUGUACCUAAAGAGAAAACUGGUCCUUUAUAUUCAUUUUUUCUUCGCUGGACUCCUGAGCGUGCAUUAGAUCCAUUAAUUGAUGAUGACAAACCACUGUCAAAUAUUCAUCCAACAAUAUCGAAUAAUCAAUCUCCAAAUAAAGGUUUUGUUUUAUUUACUGGUGAUGAUCCUCAAUUACCUAAUGAUUAUGCAAAUUGUGAAAAUCUAAAUAAUCAUACAAAAACUAAUGAUCAACAAAAACGACCUCAUUAUUUAUCACGACAAAAUACAUUGCUUAAAGAUUGGGAGGUAAAUCUUAAUAUCUAUUUUUUCAAUGACGUUUUAAUCUUAUGA